AACUGAAGAAUCCUUAAGCAACUGCCUAUAGUUUUCCUAUAAAUGUCCUUGCUUAAAACUUAUUUAAUGUUUUUCUCGUUACUCACAACUCAGCACUGUUUCUCAUAACAGAUAGAAACUUCUUACAGAUGAAACAUGAAGUCAGUGAGACGAUCACAACUAUGCAAGGCAUUACUGGUUCCAACGAGUUUGCUCACCAUCCUACUUUAUCUGGGUGUUCAAAGCACUGAGAGGGAUGUGAACCCUGCAGCCCUUGCUAAUAUCUUCAAGUAUUUUGCUGACAAUGUCCAGCCAAAAACCCAACAGCAAAAAGAAGCUCAGUAUGCAAUAGCGAUCUCUGUUCUACGUGCUCAGUGCACAGACAUUCAUGCUGAUAUCCAGAACGUGUUCAGCAAUAAAGAUGCAAAGCAUGUGAAAGAUGAGCUCCGUAAAGAACAGAAAUGUGUACUCUGCACAGACUCACGCAACGUCAUUGCUGCAAGGCCAAAUCAUACCACAGAUGAACAUUCUGAGCAUGUUCUGCUCUAUCCUUUAGGGGAAUCUCCCAUGGAAAAACUUCUAGAGCAGGCAGAUCAGAGUAGCUGUGUAGUUUUCUAUUCUUACAACUCUCCUUGUGUGAACAGAUGCAUUCGUGGGAAAGACAAUAUUUUGAAUGGUCUUUUAAACUGGAUAAACUCAAGAAAAAAUGGAAUGAAUGCAUUUGUCUUCGAAGAGAUCUGGAAGAAGGGCAGCAAAAAUAAUCUGGAGGAGGAAUUUCUAAAGAUUAAUGCAAUAGUGCCUCUUUAUCGGUGUAAGAGAACCAGUGAUGGAAUGGAAUGUUGGAAAUGUGUGGAAAAUAACAAUGUGGCUACCUUCUGUCUGCCUGAAAAUAAAUAAGUAAUUUUCCUUUGCUAUGUAUAUAUUAUAAAACAUCUUCAUGUGUUUUGACGCUAAGCUGUGUAAGUGUGUGUAAACGAUGUUCGUACCACAAUGAAAAAAUA